AUGUCUCAAAAGGUUGGUCACACAGGUCUAGCGUUUGCUAGGAUGUGGCAUCAUGUCGAUUUGGCAAAGGAUAAGAGGACGCUUGGUAGAGUUGCUUCACAAAUUGCCAUUACUCUUAUGGGCAAACACAAGCCAGUAUACCAUCCAUCUGCGGAUUGUGGGGAUUACGUUGUGGUGACCAACUGUCAGGCAUUGCGUGUAACCGGUAACAAGAUGUCGCAAAAGACAUAUUGGUCGCACACUUCCAGACCAGGUUCUCUAAAGCUUACCACGAUGGAAGAUAUGAUUAGCAACAAGGGUCAUAGUGAGAUUUUGAAGAAGGCUGUUUCAGGUAUGCUUCCCAAGAAUAAACUACGUAAAUUAAGACUCUCAAGGUUAAAGGUGUUUGAUGGUGGGGAUCAUCCAUACAAGAGUAAUAUCACAGCAUUUGCUGAUCAACAGCCAAAGGUGCAAGAAUUGUUGCAGAAACAGCAGCAGAAAGCCUAA